CGCACAUUAUACCUACAUCGUGGCCACAAACGUUUCUUGGAGCUGCAGCUCUCCCGGUCUUCAGUGAUUGAGAUGCCCUCUGAACCCAGACGUCCAUUAAUCUGGUUUUUGAUAGACAACAUCCGUUCCACGCCCCCGUCCGGGCCAGGUUUUGAUGCAGCGCCGCCACUUACAGGAGCACUUGGAUUGGCUGAAGGAGUAAGGUAGCCCGCAGAGACGGCUCCUUCCUUCCCCACGGUUCAGUCCCGUCAGUGGAGCGCGAGGCGCGGCGCACGCAUACACUGCUCACACACACUCGCCUGCACGCGUGGAAAGGUGCAGAGGCACAGAGAGGGACUCACCGGAGGACUCCGAUUUUUUUUUGCGCGUGGGGACUAAUCGGAGCAUGAAUUUGGCAUCAAGACAUCGAUCGACACCUCAAGAGCAACCAAGUGAACCUUUGAGGAGAGGAGCGAUCGGACGCAGAUUUUAAUGCAACAUCCUUUCUGACGGAGAGCGAUGCACCCGUGUCUUGUUCCAUAAACUGUCACAGUUUGCUCAGAUACAGCGCUGGAUAUAUAAAGCCAUUUUUUUUAUCCUGCUUUGGUUUACCUUAAGGGUGAUAUUUUCCCUGCAGCGAAGAAACAUCGUGCGACAAAUAGUGCGUGUUUGAGCGCAUUUUUCCCAGUGACUCGGACUUGCCUCAGAGCUGGAGUUUGACUCCUCAUCAUGGGUGCACAAACUGAUAGAGGAAGAUCGACUUCGGAGAUGCUCACUGUCUCCUGGCUUUUGAUUUGUCUCCUGGUGGAAACUGGAGUGGCUCAAGUGGAUGAUGACUUCAUUGGGCUCGGUGAGCUGCCGGAAACAUUCCCGUCGGACCCCCCAGAGCCGCUGCCUGUGUUUCUGAUGGAGCCGGAGGAGGCCUACAUAGUGAAGAACAAGCCGGUCAACCUAUACUGCAAGGCCACUCCGGCCACCCAGAUCUACUUCAAGUGCAACAGCGAGUGGGUUCAUCAGAAGGAGCACACUGUGGAGGAGCGUGUGGAUGAAAACUCUGGUCUGGUGGUGCGGGAGGCCAGCAUAGAGAUCACACGCCAGCAGGUGGAGGAGCUGUUCGGCCCUGAGGAUUUCUGGUGUCAAUGUGUGGCCUGGAGCUCUGCUGGGACCACCAAGAGCCGCAAAGCUCACGUCCGCAUCGCCUACUUGAGAAAAACGUUCGACCAGGAACCUCUUGGAAAGGAAGUGUCGCUGGAACAGGAAGUGUUGCUGCAGUGUCGUCCACCUGAAGGCAUCCCAGCAGCAGAGGUGGAGUGGUUAAAGAACGAGGAGGUCAUUGAUCCUGCAGAUGACAGAAACUUCUAUAUCACCAUCGACCACAACCUGAUCAUCAAACAGGCCCGCCUCUCUGACACGGCCAACUACACCUGUGUGGCUAAGAACAUCGUAGCAAAGAGACGCAGCACCACCGCCACAGUCAUCGUCUACGUGAACGGUGGCUGGUCCACAUGGACAGAGUGGUCGGUGUGCAACAGCCGCUGUGGCCGAGGUUACCAGAAACGGACACGCAGCUGCACCAACCCGGCCCCGCUUAACGGCGGCUCCAUCUGCGAAGGCCAGGGCAUCCAGAAGCUGGCGUGCAAUCCUCUUUGCCCAGUGGAUGGCCUGUGGACAGAGUGGAGUAAGUGGUCCACCUGUGGGACAGAGUGCACCCACUGGAGGAGGCGGGAAUGCAGCGCUCCGGCACCCAAAAACGGGGGGAAAGACUGUGAGGGCACGGUGCUCCAGUCCAAGAACUGCACCGAUGGGCUGUGCAUGCAGAGUUCCUUAUAUCAGAAGUCUUCUGAGGCUAGAGACAAGAAUGAUUUGGGGAAUUCAUUGGCCCCCAGUACGGAUGAUGUGGCUCUGUACGUGGGCAUCGUCAUAGCUGUGAUCAUGUGCCUAGUUAUAUCUGUCGCCGUGGCGCUCUUCAUCUACAGGAAGAACCACCGCAACUUUGACUCUGACAUCAUCGAUUCCUCAGCCCUCAAUGGAGGUUUCCAGCCUGUCAGCAUCAAAACCGCACGUAAAGCUGAUCUCCUAACAGCCCCACCUGACCUGACAUCAGCGGCUGCCAUGUACCGCGGCCCUGUCUACGCCCUCCACGAUGUGGCUGACAAAAUCCCCAUGACCAACUCCCCUCUGCUCGACCCCCUGCCCAACCUGAAGAUUAAAGUGUACAACUCUUCAGGCUUAGUGACCCCACAGGAUGACUUGGGAGGGGAGUUCUCCUCCAAACUGUCACCCAAGCUACCACACUGCCUCCUGGACAACAGUGACAGCACCAUGGGACGGCGAACACAGACCCAGACGCUGCUCCGAACACGAGAUCCAUCCUGCACCGCACUGGGCUCUUUCAGCUCGCAGGGGGGGCAUCUUAUUGUGCCCAACUCAGGGGUGAGUCUGCUCAUUCCAGCAGGGGCAAUUCCUCAGGGCAGAGUAUACGAGAUGUAUGUGACAGUACAGAGGAAGGACAACAUGAGGCCAUCGGUGGAUGAUGGCCAAACCGUACUGGGCCCUGUCGUGAGCUGCGGGCCCCCCGGGGCCUUGUUGACUCGGCCUGUCAUCAUCACCAUGCACCACUGUGCCGUGUGUGACGGCCAGCAGGAUUGGCUGAUCCAGCUCAAGAGCCAUUCGCAGCAGAACCAGUGGGAGGAUGUUGUGGUUGUAGGAGAGGAAAAUUUCACCACGCCGUGCUACAUCCAAAUGGAUGACGAAGCCUGCCACAUUCUCACAGAGACUCUUGGCACCUACUGCCUCGUGGGCCAGUCUCUCAGCGCCUCGACCACCAAGCGCCUCAAACUGGCCAUCUUCGGCCCCGUCACCUGCCCCGCCAUGGAGUAUCACAUCCGAGUGUACUGCUUGGACGACACACAAGACGCACUCAAGGAAGUCCUACAGAUGGAGAAACAGAUGGGAGGGAAGCUGUUGGACGAACCAAAGACUCUCAACUUUAAAGACAGCACUCACAACCUGAGACUUUCCAUCCACGAUGUUCCGCACACUUUGUGGAAGAGCAAACUACUAGCCAAGUACCAGGAGCUCUGCUUUCAGCAAGUGUGGAGCGGCUCGCAGAGAAACCUCCACUGUUGCUUCACCCUGGAGCGAUUCUCUGCCAGCACGGUGGACCUGGCCUGUAAGAUAUGUGUGCGCCAAGUGGAGGGAGAGGGACAGAUUUUUCAGCUGGACACGACACUCUCAGAGGAUUCCCAGAGCAUUGACACGUCUCUACUCGACCCGGCCAGUAAUAUCACCACACUGGUGGGACCAAAUGCCUUUCGCAUCCCCGUCUCCAUCCGACAGAAGUUGUGUGGCAGUCUGGAUGCACCACAGACCAGAGGGAACGACUGGAGGAUGCUGGCCCACAAACUUAACCUUGACAGGUAUCUUAACUACUUUGCCACCAAAUCUAGUCCAACGGGCGUGAUCCUGGACUUGUGGGAGGCCCAGCAUUUCCCUGACGGCAACCUGAGUCGCCUGGCACAGGUUCUGGAGGAGAUGGGACGCCAUGACAGCCUUGUUCCUUCAGCGACUGAACACUGACAUCCGCCCAUCAAGGGAGCACGACAUUCCAGUGAGCAAGAAGACGUAAAAAGGGAAAAAAUAAGAGAGGAGGGAUGCCCAUCACAGUGACAAAUGCGCACACACUCACAGAUAUUGCUUGUGUGUACUGGUGCAGAAGUAAGAAGAUACAAACAGCAUGGUCUACUCAGCCAUGACCCAGUUAAACAUUGGCAACAAAGGGUGUAAAAACUUGGAGGGUAAACAAGAAUCUCUGCCAGUCAUUUCUCUCUCUCUCUCUUUCUCUCUCACUCUGGAACAACAACUUGAUAUUUUUGGCUCUGGUUUCCUUGGAAACAGCUGUCCAGUUAUUUGGAUGAACUGUGCGGAUAUGUGAUGAUGCCCUUGCUAUAAACAACAGGCUACACUUUCAGAGGUCAGAAGGAUCAGAGAAGCAAAGGCUCCGAUCACAGGAGGCAUCUCUUAUUCUCAAGAACUGUCUCCAUAGCAACACCACGGACGAGGAUGUGCUCUGUGAUAACAUAAUAUUUAAAAAUAUGCCUAUUUAUACAUAUCUUUUUGUAUUUUAUGGAAUACUUUGCAGUGUCCUCACACGUCUGUUUCCUCUAUCAUUCUGUUUGGCUGUAUCAUAGCACCUCCUGGUGGACACUAGUGGUAAAGACUCACCCUGUUGGCCACACUAACAUGUACAGAAGGAAAUCAAUGUUACCAUUUUUCAGUUUCAGUGUUGCUGUCUUAAGUAUUUUUAAUAUUUUUAUUCAUGAUAUGUAUUUUUACUGAUUUUAAUCAUGUUUGCUUGUUUUACAUGAGAUAUUUUUGAUGACUUGCAUUGGUUUAAAUUGAUUUACUUUAACUUUUUUUGCAUGUUUUUAAGCAGGUAAUUCCACCAGUCUAGAGGAAAGUCUAGACAUUCUGCCCAAACUUGAUGAACUCAUGAUUGAUGCUGAUGUGUGUAUGUUGAUAUGAUGAUAUCAUCAUUAAAAGAAUAGACAGAGAGGAGAGGUACUUGCCGUAGAAAAGGAAAUCAAACAUAUAUUUUUAUAGGACCAAUGCAAACAAAUACGACCGCUUUUUACCAAAUAAUUGACAUACAGUGUAUGAAGUUACAUUAAACACAGAAAGCUGCAUCUUAAUAUCAAAUGUCGUUUUGUAAAGUGAUAUUUUUUGUUUCAGAAUCGAUAAUAAAUCAUCCAUAUGUGACUUUCAAAGCAGACUUCUGUUUGUACUUUAAUACAGAAGCCAUGACUCGCUGUGCAAAAAAAAAAUAGUGAUAGCUGUAAAUGCAACAUUUAGUACCACUUUACUUUAGUAGGCCUUAAUUAUCUGGUAGUUUUAUAAAAAUAAGUGGUAAUUACAAGUAAUUUCUUAAGCAUAAGGAGGUAACUCAGAAGUAUUUACCUAGUAAUAAUGUAUUAAUUAUCAAGUAAUUCCUUGUAAUAUUGUGGAAAUUCUCUGGGAAUGAGGUGAUAUUUUACUCUAACCCCUAACCUAACCACCUUAUCCCAACCAUUUUAAUGUUGUGACGAUUCUCUGGUAAUUAGGUGAUAUUUUUACCCACUUGAAAACAAGACAAUUCAUUUCAAGGGGCUAUCCCUUUGGAAAAAAAUUCACAUUUCUACUCUUACCUUCUAAACCUAACCCUUGUAAUAUUAUGGCAAUGAGAAUUUGGGAACCUAAUCCUAAACCUAAUUAUAACCCUUGCCAUAAUGAGGCAAUUCUCUAGUAAUUAGGUGGUAUUUUACCUAGUAAUUUAUUAGGAUAAAACAAUAAUUUUCCAAAUAAGUUGCUUGAUAAUUCAAAGGUCAUUUCCAUAUGUUGGCCCAAUUAAUCAAAGUGAGUCCUUCCUGGAGUUAGGGUUACUGUAAAAUACCAUCUAAUUACAAGAGAAUUGCCACAUUAUUACAAGGAAAUACUUGAUUAUAAAUACAUUAUUACUAGUUAAAUACUGCCUUAAUAUUACUGAGCUAUUACAUAAAAUGCCAACUUAUUACAAGGUAAUUACCAUCUUAUUCUUAAAAAAGCAGGUAGUUACCACUUACUACUGUAAAAUUACUAGGUAAUUAGAGCCCACUAAAAUAAAGUGGUACCCAACAUUCAUUUGAUGCAGCAGCACUUGUGACUGUUCAGGUGUUCUUGUUUUUAAUGUUUCAUUUUGAAUGGCAGUUGUCCCAAUUUUUAUUUUUCUGUAAAGCCGUCUAUGCAAACUGCAUCUUUCUGAAACAAUCUCGACAUUCUCAGUGGGCCAGCCUUUCUGCAUUCCCUCGCUGUUCUUCGGCUUCAUGAUUAUGAUGAUUAUUGUACAGUGAGAAUGUAGCCUGUCUGUUUUCUGGCACUCAUGAUGUUUCCUCGCUUGCAUUUUCAUCUGUCAAGUUCUUGUACAAAGUGUAAGAAAGAAUUUUU